UUCUUCUGAACUGAACUGCGAGAAAAUAGAAGAUGAGCAGGUAUUGGAGUAGUGAUGAUGAAGAUGAUGACAGUGGAGAUGAUUUUCUGAAGAAGUUGAGGCUGAGGGAUAAGAAGGAUAAGAAUGAGAAGCCCACACUUGUUCAGAUCAUGUUCUCGUGGUCUCUUAGUGAUGUUUUUAAUCGCGAUCUCUUUAAGAACAAGGUACAGAAGAUACCAAAGACUUUUACAUCCUUAGAACAUUAUUUUGGUUCCUUCACCACACCAUUGAUAGAAGAAACUCAUGAAGAUCUACGCUCUAGUUUGCAGGCAUUUUCUCAUGCAUCAUCAUACGCAGAAUUACAUUCUAUCGAACAAACAAAAACUCAAUUGCUUUACAGCAUUGUAGUUAAAAUUCCUAAGAUUGAUGAUGAUGGUAAUUCUGGAUAUGUUUCUUACGAGCCAAUGGAUUCAGACAUUUUUGUGCUCACAAGAACAAAACCAAAACAUGUAUCGGAUUUAACAUGCAACGCAACGUCAUACAUUAUCGGUUGUGUUGUUCGAAAUAAAGAUUCUGUUGAAAAUGUGGACCCUAAUCAAUAUGUUGUCAAGCUAUCGCGUCAGCUGGAAACUAAAUCCUACAGAGAAUCAUAUUUUAUGGUUUUCCUGUUGAAUAUGACAACGUCAAUUAGAAUCUGGAAGUCGUUGGAUCUAGACUUGGCCACGAAAAGAAAUAUGUGCAUCAUCAAUAAGUUAUUAUCUUAUGAUUCAUCGGUUAGAAGUGUGAGUUCCCCUUCAUCUUGUUCAAGUGAAAAUUUUCUCGAAGUAUGUUUGAGUGACUAUCUGGACAGAUUCGAACUAAAUGGCUCACAGAAAAGUGUUGUCCAAGAUUGUCUAUCAAUGAGGGAAAGCAAUCAUACAGAUAAUCCUAUAAAGCUCAUAUGGGGUCCUCCAGGAACUGGAAAAACAAAAACUACAAGUACUUUACUACUUGCUCUUCUGCAGUCAGGAUGCAGAACGCUCACAUGUGCACCUACAAACACGGCUGUCGUUGAAGUUGCUUCUCGCCUCUAUAAAUUGUUUAAAGUUGAGAAGUCAAUGGAUAAAUUCAACUUCUCCACUGGAGAUAUUAUCUUGUUUGGGAAUAGUGCCAGGAUGAAAAUUGAUGAGGAUCUCUCACAAAUUUUUCUAGAACACAGAGCAAAGAGGCUUUUACAAAAAUGCUUCAUGCAUAUCACAGGUUGGAAGCAUACUGUAGGAGCAAUGAUAGAUCUUCUUGAGAAUGCAGGGUCCCAAUACGAAUGUUAUGUAGUCGAAGUAAUGAAAGAAAAUGAUAAAAAAGAUUUUGCAAAAGUUGAAACAUUCAAUGAAUUUGUCCUAAAACGUUAUCGUCAUCUUGCUAAUAAAUUGGAGGAGUGUGUUGAAGUUAUCUGCAAGGAUCUUCCUAGUAGUUUCGUACCUUGGAUGGUUUUCAAAUACAUGAAUAUAUGUGUAGACUUGUUGAAAAUAUUUAGAAAUUUUUUGAUAUCAGCAAGUGUUUCUGAUGAAGAUCUUGGAGAGUUGUUUCAAUCUACAGUUGAGGAAACCAAUGAGUUGUUACUCUUUGUUGAUUCAAGCAGAUGCUUCGAAGAACAUCUUUCCAUCAAAGCUAAAUUGAGAAAAUGCAGAACUUUUUUGUUGCAACUAGUCAGGAAACUAUCUAGAGACUUUAAUCUUCCUAAUAUUUCUGAUUCUGCCUCUGUGCAAGACUUUUGCUUGAAGAAUGCGACAGUUAUUUUCUGCACAGCAUCUAGUUCCUUCAGUCUACAUAAUAUUGAAAUGCUGAAACCACUGAAGUUUUUGAUUGUUGAUGAGGCUGCACAGCUUAAGGAAUGUGAAUCCCUUAUUCCCCUACAAAUUUCAGGUAUAGAGAAUGUUGUUUUAAUUGGAGACGAGUUUCAGUUACCAGCCAUGGUCAAAAGCCAGAUUUCGGAGAUGGCUGGUUAUGGGAGAAGCCUGUUUGAAAGAUUGAGCUCAUUAGGUCAAGAAAAAAAUCUUCUCAACAUCCAAUAUAGGAUGCAUCCAUCUAUAAGCAAAUUUCCAAAUUCCAACUUUUAUGAAAAUAGGAUUUCUGACGGAGAAAAUGUCUUAGUUACAAGCUAUCUGAGACAAUACCUAUCAGGGCCACUUUAUGGUCCUUAUUCAUUUAUAAACAUUGAACGUGGCAAGGAGGGAACAGAUAAGCAUGGAAGAAGUAAAAAAAAUAUGAUAGAAGCAGCAGUUGCCGCACAAAUUGUAGAAAAACUCUUCAAAGCCACAGAACGUACAAAUCAGAAACUUAGUGUUGGUGUAGUGUCACCAUACACUGCACAGGUGUUUGCAAUCAAUGAAAAAGUAGGAAAGAAGCAUGAUUUAUCAAAUUACUUCUCGGUGAAAGUUAGAUCCAUAGAUGGUUUUCAAGGUAGUGAGGAGGAUAUUAUUAUUUUCUCUACAGUAAGAUCUAAUAAAACGGGUUCACUAGGCUUUCUCACAAAUGUUCAGAGGACAAAUGUGGCACUUACAAGAGCUAAACAUUGCUUGUGGAUUUUGGGAAAUGAGGCAACUUUAAGCAGAAAUGAAAACAUCUGGUCAGAGCUAAUCUGUGAUGCAAAGAAACGAAGCUGCUUCCACAAUGCAGAUAAAGAUAGUGAUCUCUCGGAAACUAUUUUUAAAGCAUGCAUCGAGUCUGAUGAGCUUGACAACUUGUUGAAUAUGGAUUCACUACAAAUAAGCAAGACUAAGAGAUUUGAUCGCCCUUCCAGUUCAAAUUUGCGCCAAGGGUUUGCUCGAGGAAAGUUGAAGGAGAAGAGUCGUUUUUUCUGAAGGACCAGAAGUUUCUAUUUAUCAUCCGCUUCCAUUGAGAAAAAAAUAGACUUAGU